AUGUCCCCCUGGCGAUGCAUCGCAGAACAGCUCGUCGAAUACGAGGAACCAGUCGACGCAAAGGCGUAUUUUGACAAAAUAAUUUGCCUGUGGAAGGAGUAUCCGAAUGCAAUUAGUAACCGAAUCAACACCUCUGUCCCUGUGGAAGAAGAAUCUCAAGUCUGGAAUGAAGUGAUAGCCAAUUUCGAGUCAAAAUAUCGAUUUGAUCCGGCGAAUUCCAGUGAAUUGAGCAUUUUUAAAUUGAUUCAGCGGGACUAUAAAAGGCAAUCGUUCUCGAAUAAUUGCUAUGAAGUCGCGUUUUAUGAAGAAGAACUCUUGGUCCGUUUCUACCCGAUUGUCCUCGACGGCCAACAACAUCCACACUUUGAGAGUCCCUACUCGAUUGCCUGUAAAAUUCCAUCGAAUUCCUCGAUUUUGCUCCAAUUCUUCAAGCCUGUAGAUACUCCAGAUGACCAUUUUGAGUUCUUGAAGACGUUGGCGUUCAAGCAGCUGGUCACCUGGUUGAAGAGUAUCGAUUUGUCAAAAACAACUCGAAAAACGCACUCUCUCCUAGACAAGGAAUCUUAUAUAUCCACUUAUCGACACAUUCGAGAGGAUCUUGGACGUCCGCUAGUCGAAGGGUGGACUGAAAAUUCGAAACCGCAGAAAGUGAUUUUCGAGGAUUGCGGAAUUGCAUCGUAUAUUCAGGAGCUCAUCACUAGUGGAAUCCUCCCAAAACCUCGGAAAUUUGUGGAUAUCGGAUGUGGAAAUGGUCUUUUGGUGCACUUGUUGAAUAAGAUUGGGAUUCCCGGCUACGGCGUCGACGUUCGUUCUCGAAAAGUCUGGAAGACGACUCUAAGCCACGUGGAUCUUCGAGAAUCGCCUGUUGAUCCGCAGAUUGUCGUUGAGAAUCGCCCGCAUUUCGAUGCUGACGUGGAUUUAUUGAUUGGAAAUCACAGCGAUGAGCUCACACCCUGGAUUCCGGUUAUGGCGGCGAAACUAAACUGCAACUUCUUCCUGAUCCCAUGCUGCCCGUACAACUUUUUCGGCAAAUAUCUGAAUAAUGGAAGUCAUUUGGGACCGAAACGAAUGACAUCUCAAUACGAAUCCUUCUUCGAAUGGACCGUUUCUGUGUCCGAAAGACUCGGUUUUGAUACCAAAAUGGACCGUUUGGCGAUUCCCAGCACGAAAAGACUCUGUAUCAUUGGACGUGUGCCAGAAAAAGGAUUGUGUCCAUCACUCGAACAAACCAUUGAGCACAUGACUCAGGGACAGAAGUUCGUGGCGAGACCCAGAGAGAUUAGAAAUAACAAUUGUAUGCACAUUUCGGUGACGGAUCGAGAGCGGAUAGCCAAGAAGCUGUUCGAUUUCAUCUUGAAUGCAUCUGAUGACGUUAGAGACGGUUGGCGAUGCGGAGGCGAGGUUCCAUUGGCCCAGCUGGCUGGCCAGCUCACUGACGAUGAUAAGAAGCUGAUGAAGGAUCAGGACGGCGGACUGCAGACGUUCCUCAGAAAUCACCAUCAAAUUUUCCACGUCUUCCAAGCGACGGCCCGUCUUCGUGACUUCCGUCAACCGGUUGUCUCUCGUCGUCAACAGACGAAUCCGAAGAAACAAGAAGCGACGAAUCGCCCGAAACAACCGUGUUGGAUGUCGCUGAACCAUCCCGAUGGAUGCCCAUUGGGACCAGAAUCCUGUCGUUAUCUUCAUUAG